AGCGGGAGGAGAGAGACAGAGACAAGGAGGCACGGGCCUGCCACCUUUGCAGCCCGCAAGAUGGCAGAUGUCCCUCACACUGCAGGCCCAGGAGAUGCGGAGCUCGACACGGAACUCAGACUGAAUGCAGUUUUCGCCGCGUUUUGGAAGAAGUUAGAGGCACGCAUGAGACCCCAAGCUCCUGAAGACAUCCUACAACAGGGCUCUCAAGGAGCUGACAUGCGGGGAGUGCGGACCCCCGACUCCAGAUACAUGCCCGCGAACAAAUGUCGCCUGCAAAGAACGGCCAGGAGGCCCAACACUCGGAGCCUCGCAAAAAGCAGCAGUGGACCGGGGCUAAUACCUGAAACCGCACAAGUACUCAGGAAGCACCGACCCAAACAACCAGCCUUAGCAGCAAACAAUCGGCAUGAGAUCAGACAAGGCAAACCUCGCCCGGAACGAGCGGUGGGUCAGCAGGGCAGAAGUCCCUAUAAGAUGACCGCACUAAAGAGACCGUCCCAGAGCCGCAGCGAAGCACCCAGCGCAAUGGGGCUCACCAAGGGAAGGACCUGGCAAGGAGACAUAGACGAAGACCCGCACAAGAUCCAUCACGCCAGCACCACCCUCCGAGCAUCAGGCGUGGGAUGA